AUGCGGUUUGGCACCGCAUCUCGCUGGAUUUAUGGUACUAUUUCCACCGAUUUGCUCCACACCAUUCUCAAACCUAACACUACGGCUUAUGAUGCUUGGACGGCACUCGCCAAUCUUUUCCAAGAUAAUAAAGCCACUCGAAUCAUUGAUCUCAACAACAAAUUUGCUCAGACCCGUCUUGACCAGUUUUCUUCAAUGUCAGCCUACUACCAGGCCAUGAAGGUCAUCUUCGACAAAUUAACGAAUGUCGGAUCUUCGAUAACUGACGAGCAACUCGUUUUACAGAUUCUCACCGGAUUGUCAGAACAAUACGAAGGAAUUGGCCUCCUCAUACAACAAACCAAACCCCUACCGGAUUUCUAUGAAACCAGGUCUCGUCUGUGCAUGGCCGAAACUCGAAAAAUUAGUCAGGCUAGACUCGCUGCACAGGCAGCAGGCACUGCUCUUAACACAGUCACUGAUCGCAAUGACUCGUCCCAACGUACUGAUCGGACAACAGAAAAUGUGGAGCGGGGUAGGGGACGAGGCCGCAGACGAGGCCGCGGGAGGGGACGCGGGUCUGGACGGGGACGUGGGUCAAACUUCUCAUCAAACCAGUCUCACAGUUACAUGCCAUGGCAGCCCAAUUCCUUCACUGGCUGGCCCAACUCCCACCCGAAUCACAACGAGGCCCAACAGUGGGCUCCUUGGGGCCCACUACCUCCUUGUCCUUAUCCUACUGCACAACGGCCCAACUCGUCUGCUUCAGGUCAGGGUAUUUUAGGCCCACGUCCAGCCCACUCGUAUGCCGCCAGUUAUACACCAAGCUACGCUCCAACAGACAUUGACCAAGCUCUCCAUGCCAUGUCUCUCAACUCAGCCGAUCCAUCAUGGACUAUGGACACUGGUGCUACAGGUCACAUGACUCCUAACCCUACUCUUUCGUCUAAUUUUAAUACUGGCAUUACUAAAAAUAUAGUUGUGGGCAACGGUAACACCAUUCCCGUUUAUGGACAAGGCAACCUUACCCUACCACCCCCCUCCUCCUUUUAA